AGUCCCUCAACGAAGCAGAGGAAGACCAGUCCGAGGAGAUAAUUAUGAGAAGGACUGCUGUAAGAAAUCUUGUCAGAGCAGUUAUCCAACAGAUUGUUGACAAGACAGGAAACAGCAAUUACCCUUUAAUUGAAUAUAAUUAUAUCUGUGAUCGACUCUUUAAGAAACUCUGGGUUGAAACAAAACCCAGAGUUCUGAAAAUGAGCCCAGAAAAGAUUGCACUCCAGGGGACCACCAUCUUUAAAGACCUGAUGAAGGAGUGCAAAAACGUAGAGUACAUCCUCCUUGUCCUGGAGGCGGGGACCCCAAUACUACAACGAAAUGUCCUGGUAACGAUGGCAAACAGACUACAGCCGCAGUGGAACCCCUUUAAGUCAGUGAGAAAGGCUUUCAGGGAAGUGGUACAAAACCUGCGAGAAAACCUACACAGGCUUAUCAUUUGUAAAUGAGUUACAGCGAAAUGUAAAGCCUGAAACUCAGGAAAAGGACUCAUCCCAGAUGUUUCUCCCAGAUCUCCCAGUUCCCAUCUCCUCUCCCUGCAUGAACAUCAUGGCGUAAACGUUUCCACCUGAGACUCUUUCCAGGUUCCAAGGUGAAGCCAAGGUCAACUGAUUUAGUUUUGCUCUGAAUACCUGGACAUCUGCUGGAGUCAUUUCCAGGAGUGGCACAUGCUGUGACUUUCUGCGGCUGCAGCUUAUCCUCUUCACCGUUUUAUUUGUUGGCCGUUCUGAGUUAGCACUUUACAUGAUCGCACCUGAUUGCAACAAGUAGUUAUUUGAGCCCAGAGAUGGCUGUCCAUGAGAACUCCUGCAGAUCAGCAGUUUCUGAAGCACCCAGACCAGCAUGACUGGCACCAACACAACAACGCAUUUGACGUCACUUAAAUUCCCAUCUCUUCCCGAUUCUGACGCUAGAGGAGGAGACUCAUGUGAAUGGCUGCUGUCCAAAGGACGCUACUUGGGGGAGAAUGUAUGGCAGCCUUAUGGCUGUAUGAUGCACAAAUACAAAAGCAUUGAAGCCAAAACAUGCCUUUCCAAGAAACGGGUGGUCUUUGCCGGUGACUCACGAAUCAGGCAGCUGUUUUACUCCUUUGUCAAAAUUAUUGAACCUGAGAGGACAGAAGAUGGAAACAAGCAUGAGGACAUCUUCUUUCAAGACGAGAAGUCCUCUCUUAAUGUGGACUUUCUUUGGUAUCCAGAGGCAAAUAACUCGAUGAAGGACCGCGUGGUGUCAUGGACGCAUGAGACCGCUGCCAAACCGGAUGUUGUUAUCCUCGGAGCUGCAACAUGGUCCAUCAAGUUGCACAGUGGCAGCAGCGAAACCCUGCAGCAGUACAAAGCAAAUCUGACAGCAAUUGCUGUGCAUCUGGAUAAACUGUCUGAGCAUACGGAGAUAUACUGGGUCCUGCAAGAUCCGGUGUACGAGGACACGUUGAGUGAGAACAGGAAGAUGAUCACCAACCAACAGCUUGACCUGUACAAUCAAGCGGCGACGGAGGUGCUCAACAGCAGCAAGUACAGCGGGAGGUCUCGGGUCAAGCUGCUGGCGGCGGCCCGUCAGGCUGCUCUGGAAACGAUCAUAAACUCAGACGAUGGUUUACACCUGCCAGAGGGGACCAGGAAUGUGGGAGCCAUGGUCCUCAUGAACUCCCUUUGCAACAAGCUGCUGAGGCCCAUCGACGGCUCCUGCUGCCAGACCGUUUCCCCGCCGAACCUCAUCCAGAAACUGUCCGCUUGUUUCUUCCUGGGAGCAGCCGUCGUCUUCGUGGCCCUCCACGUCCUCGGCUGCAACCGCCAUCGCCGGCAUGCCACUCCCGACGUGGAGAGCCUCGAGGAGAAGAAGCCUGCCACUGCGGGCGCCCCCCUCGGACCAAAGGCUCCUUUCCAGGCCCUCUGCAGGAUGGGCGUCAUAAUGUUGUACUUCUAUCUGUGCGACCGAGCUGAUGUGUUCAUGAAGGAGCAGAAGUUCUACACACACUCGGCGUUCUUCAUCCCUCUCAUCUACAUACUUGUGCUGGGAGUGUUUUACAGUGAGAACACCAAGGAGGUCAAGUUGCUCAACCGAGAGCAAACGGAUGAAUGGAAAGGCUGGAUGCAGUUGGUUAUUCUUAUCUAUCACGUUUCUGGAGCCAGUGCUUUUGUUCCUGUGUACAUGCACGUGCGUGUAUUGGUGGCAGCAUACUUGUUUCAGACUGGCUAUGGACACUUUUCCUUUUUCUGGCUCAAGGGAGACUUUGGACUUCAUAGAGUGUGUCAGGUGUUGUUCCGGCUAAACUUCCUUGUGGUGGUACUUUGCAUUGUAAUGGACAGACCAUACCAAUUCUACUACUUUGUCCCCUUGGUCACAUUCUGGUUUGUUCUCAUCUACGCCACAAUGGCCAUUUGGCCUCAGAUCCUUCAGAAAAGGACUAACAGUAGUGGUAUCUGGCAUCUUGGCAUUCUGGCCAAGUUACUGGGCCUGUUACUGAUUAUCUGCUUCUUUGCCUUCUCACAGAGUCUUUUCAUGAGCGUGUUCUCAGUGUGGCCCGUCUCUAAGCUGUUUGAGCUGAACGGAAGUGUCCAUGAGUGGUGGUUCAGAUGGCAGCUGGACCGAUUUGCUGUGAUUCAUGGCAUGGUGUUUGCCUUCAUCUACCUGGUGCUGCAGAAGCGUCAGGUGUUGUCGGAGGGCAAAGGAGAAGCUCUUUUCCCUGCAAAGAUUUCCAACUUGCUGCUUUUCUUCUCGGUGGUUUCCUUCAUAACAUACUCGAUAUGGGCGAGCAGCUGCAAAACCAAAACGGAGUGCAAUGAGAUGCACCCUUACAUCUCUGUGGUCCAGAUUUUGGCCUUCAUUCUUAUCAGGAACAUUCCUGGCUACACUCGCUCUGUUUACAGCUCGUUCUUUUCCUGGUUCGGGAAGAUCUCCCUGGAGCUGUUCAUAUGUCAGUACCACAUCUGGCUCGCGGCAGACACCAAGGGAAUCCUGGUCCUGAUCCCGGGCAACCCUUCGCUCAACAUCUUGGUGAGCACCUUCAUCUUCGUUUGUGUAGCUCACGAGGUUUCUGUCAUCACCAACGACCUGGCCCAGGUGGUGAUCCCCAAAGACAGCAUGGCCCUGCUGAAGAGACUGGGGGCCACGGGGAUCCUGAGUUUAUUUGUACUGAUGUCCCAGCUCCUCACACCUGGAGCUUAAAGGAUACUUUGAGAGGACUGGGUUACAGUCUGGCGGCCUGCUAUGACUGAAGUGACGGAUAAAAAUCAAACUGAAUUUUUUAUUUUUUUCUUUCAUGCUGCUGGUGGCCAGAUGAGACUGGUCAGAGUUCUUCAGUAACGUUGUUAUUGGCUGCUGUAAAAUGAGAAGUCUCGGCAAGAGGAGUAUUUAAAAGGACAGAAACACUGAAAUGUUUACAUUACCUUCAUGUUAGACUUGGAGACCCAAAACCACUUUCUCUGGGCUCAGGACCUCAUGCUUGCUGCGAACUUUGCAGCACUUCUUCUGCUUACCCGGACUUGUUUGAUAUGAAGUUUGUUCCUCGUUUCCUCCGAGGAUCUCUCCGUCCACGUGGCAGUAGGACCACCAGCAUAUUUGGAACAUUUUCUCUCUUUUUUUUCUCCCCCCCCCCCCCCCAAAUAAGCGGAUCUGCAUAACAUCUUGUCAUUGACCUUCUAUAUUGCUGGUGUGAGAUAUUUACACAAGGAACAAAGUGGAUCAAUGUGGACUGAUCACAAACCUGCCGAGUGUAUAGUAAAAAAAAUUUGCAGUGCAAUUGUUAAACUUUUAGCGACAUUUGUUUUUUAUUUUAUUUUUUUCAUUUAAAGCAAUGUUUGAGAUUAUUGCGUUUGCAGAGAGUCGUUGUCACCUGCUGUAGCUCAGAAAUGACAUGUGACAUGUACAGUAUUUAAUGACUUAAAUUAAGCUUAUAUUUUAUACAGUUUUGGCUUUGUUUUGUACUUUGCGUCCAUAACUGCUGUUUGUGAAGUAUCGCAUUAAGAAUUUUGUACCCAAUCUACUAUCUCCUAGACAAGGUUGAGCCUUUCAGUCACAUAGUUGUGUCCUAUUAGCACCACAUGCUGUGUAAAUAUAUGUAUAUUUGUACGAUACAACAGAUUUAUUUUGUACAGCUGUUCAUCUUCUGUUCUUUAAAACAUGCCUCAUACUAGCUGUGGUGGAAAAUGCACAAUAUUGCACAUAUUGUUCUACCAUAGAAGAAACAAACGUCCUUCCUCAGACCGACCUAAUAAUUAGUUGAAGGCUUUUUGAUAUUUCUCUCUCUCUCUUUUUUUUUUUUUUUAACUCCAGAGGGUUCUGUAAACAGCACAUACUCAAGUGUGUUGUUUAAGCACUUGAAAUCAGGACCACUUCAGCAUUAUAACCACUUUGUAAUGCACUGACAGACCUAAGAGGGUACUUUAAUGCCGCAUAGAUGAAAAUAUUGUUAAAUAUGUCUAUUGCCAGGUAAUUGGUUCUUUGCCUGUUUCUACUCAUUUGAGAGGAAGCACUUUUAUUUUGAACCUGCUUUUUUAUUUUCCACUUUCAUCUUUAAGAUGAUACCCAGAUUUUAGUACAUUCUUGUUUGGCAUAUUUAUUUAUUUUUUUAUUUUUCUUUGCUUAAAGAAAACAGUUAUGUCAAACUUAAGUGUUUAAUUGCAUCUCUACCGUUGGGGUAGUAAAACAUGGCGUGUCAAUCAUUUUGUAUUUAUGUUUGUUUGUUUUUUCCCUGGAAAACGACAGGACACAUUUCUGUUUUUGUUACAAUCUGCAGCUUUUGAGGAUGUUCACACUCUCAAAGUGAAACAGAGCCAAGUUGACCUCAAAAUUUCUACCAACAAUCAGUCGCGUAUAAUUAUCGAUAAUAUGGUAUUUGCCUGCUAUCAUUUUCCUUUGAUACAUGUAUAAAGUUUACUGACCUCUUUUAUUGAUCAACAGCAAAGUGGUACAUUUGGCAGUUGUUUCAUGCCUUAAUUGAUCGUUGUGAUCAUGUAAAAGCAACAAAUAUUACACCCGUUUUUAGGGCCUAGUCAAAUAUUUACGUGUUUGUUUUUGGUGUCUGACAAUGUGUGGAAUUGUCUUCAUAUUUAUAAAUGCCUUUAUUCUGUUGUACAUUGUUUUUUUGUUUUUUUUUUAAAUCCCUCGAUUAAAAAAAACAACAACAAAGUUUUGGGGUUUGUUUGUUUGUUGUUAUUUCUUUGGACAUGUGCAUUGGUCAAAACCAUUAAAUAUUUUAUAAAGAAUUUAUUACCAACUUAUACAUUACAUAAAAUUGACACUGUACAAACUCCCUUUUCUCUGAGGUCCAUAUGUUUAACAUAUACACAUCUUGUGGAUCUGCUUCUCCUCUGUUGCAGAUCCUCACCCACCAGGAAUGACAUGUGACUGAAACCUUCCAUGUGAGACAUGCAGGUUGAUAACCGGGAAUGCAAAAUAGUUCAUAUGUUGUGUGCGAUGUUAUCACAAUGCCCAUGUGUCACGAAUUAACAUUUUGCAUGCCAGUAAUCCACUCAUCUGUUGGAUGGAGUGUCGCUGAAGGAGACGUCGACACCUGACACAGAGGGGUCAUGCCUAAGAUGCUAAAGGUUACACAGUUGGAAGCGUCAUGAUGAGUGGAAAAAGAGACGCAUUAAUCGCCACUGACAUCAUUGUUGCGGUAUUGGCAGAUACAUGAUUUGUUAAUAUCAUGCAGACCUAGUUUGGCACAAAUGUUAGAAAACACACACACACACA